AUGGCUUCGGGAUACGACAGAGCUCUUUCGGUGUUUAGUCCCGAUGGGCACGUCUUCCAAGUUGAAUAUGCGGGCGAGGCUGUCAAGAGAGGUACAUGCGCAGUAGGCGUCAAGGGCAAGGAUGUAGUCGUUCUGGGCUGCGAGAAGCGGUCGGCUAUGAAGCUCCAGGACACGCGCAUCACGCCCUCCAAGAUCGGCCUUAUCGAUACCCACGUGUGCCUCGCCUUCGCCGGCCUCAACGCAGACGCCCGCAUCCUGGUCGACAAGGCCCGGUUAGAAGCGCAAUCGCACCGCCUCAACCUCGAGGAUCCCGUCACGAUCGAGUACAUCACCAAGUACGUGGCCGGCGUGCAGCAACGGUACACGCAGAGCGGAGGUGUCCGGCCCUUCGGCAUCAGCACCCUCAUCGUUGGCUUCGACAAGGGCAGCCAGGUGCCCCGGCUGUACCAGACGGAGCCCUCGGGGAUUUACUCAGCAUGGAAGGCCAACGCCAUCGGCCGGUCGAGCAAGACGGUGCGCGAGUUCCUCGAGCGCAACUACAAGGAGGACAUGGACCGCGAGGCGACGGUGCGGCUGGCGAUCAAGUCGCUGCUUGAGGUGGUGCAGACGGGCGCCAAGAACAUCGAGAUCGCCAUCAUGGCGGCCGGCAAGCCGAUGGAGAUGCUGCCGGUCGAGGAUAUUGAGAACUACGUUAAGAACAUCGAGCAGGAGAAGCAGGAGGAGGCGGCCAAGAAGAAAGGCGGCAGGGCCCCCGGGACGGGCACCGCCACCAUACUGACCCGGCCCGCUCAGGAGGAGCAUGGCGACCAGUAG